GUGGGGGGAGGCAUAGGGACGGGUGGAGUGGGCACAUGUGGGAAUUCAGAGGGCGAGGCCUGAGGACCUCCCUGGGAGCUGGUGGUCCCAGCAGCUCUCUCCCACCUUUAUUUCCUCCCCCCUACCCUGGAGACCCCAGGCAGGUAGGUGCGCAGGAAGACCCACCCCCUGACGUGUGCUGGAUGGGGUCCCAGUUCCAGGGGCGUUGGUAUGUGCUGGCUGAGACGGAGAACAGCUCCAAGCAGAGAGAGCCCAUCAGCUAUUACGUGAACACCUUUGAGCUGCUGAAAAAUCACAGCUUCAGAGUGUCCUCAUUCCUGAAAAGGAACAACAGCUGUGACCACUGGAUCAGAAACCUUGUCCAGCAGGACAAGCCCGGCCAGUUCACCCUGGACAGCUUCAGAGGAUUAGGGCUGAAGAGAUAUGAGAUGAGGGUGGUGAAGACGGACUACCAAAGGUUUGCCUUGGUUCUGCACACCAGCAUCCUGGCCACAAAGGAGGGAGUCAGGGCCUCCCUGUACGCAAGGGACAGCCAGCUGGACCCAGAGCUUAGGGGCAAGUUCCUGAACUUCAUCAAGUCUUUGGGCCUGACAGACCGCCACGUUGCCUUCAUCACACAUGACAAGGCCUCGACGAACUGCCUCGAUUGAAGGCCGAGGUUCCUCAGCUCGACCCCCCCACUGCCCGGGCCCCCUGCCCGAGGUCAGCCUCAGACCGGCUCCUUCUCACCCCUUGAAUAAAUCUAUGUGCUAAGGACCAUCUGGUCUCCUUGUUGAG